AUGUGCCACGGGCAUCCCCGUCACCACUCUUGCAGCCACCAAUCCACAGGUUAUCAGACGCCAUAUCCUAAUGUAUCGUUUGCGGUGUCCCAGCCAUUAAUAGCAAGCUGCCCGCUGGCAAACUGUGACUUUCGCAGCGCAGGAGGCGGCGAAUGGACAUGUUGCAAAUGUGGAGGGCGGAAUACCAGCGGGUGGUGCAGCAACAUGUCACGCAAGCCGGAAUGGGAAAAGAAUCCCGUCACGAACGAAUGGGAGUGGAUUGAGCGUUGCGACCAUGGGUGUUGCCGUAGCUGUGGCAAGGCUGGUCCGGCGAACACUAGCGAGCUGGAUGAAUCUGGCCAUCCUACUGGCCGCCUCCCUUCCCAUAGGCCCGGAGCUCCCAAUUCUCGAUCUGGUUUCACUCCACCGGCCGCUGAAGCGGUGAUUCAAACCUCCCUGCCCGGAUCGGGACGUGAGGCUGAAAACGAGGCACACCGAGAUUCUUCGACGCCAUCGCGUAAAUAA